AUGUCUUUUCUUAUGCCUUAUUUAACUUAUCAGUUAUUUAUUUUUAUCACUCUUAAUUUAAAUUAUUAUGGAAAAGCUUUUAUUUUUCAACAUGCUGUACCUAAUAAAGUUUUCCAUGAAGCUCAAAAAUUAGCUAUGGACUAUAAAAGAUGGGAAGCAGGAAAUGAUACUAUUAAUUUUGAAACAUCUUUAGAUGUUCGUCGAGUUCCCCCAUACUUUUCAUACAAAUUAGAAAAAGUUUAUAAAGUUUUAAAAGGUGGAAAUGUUAAUUUGACGUGUGUUGCUGUUGGAUAUCCAAUGCCACGUGUUUUUUGGAAAAGACAAUCUGAUGAAGUUUUAUUAAAUGAUCCAUCAACAGCACCAAUUGGUAAAAAUGUACUUAGAUUGACUGUUGUUGAAGAGACAGCUAAUUUUACAUGUAUAGCUGUAAGUAAACUUGGUAAUAUUGAAGCAUCAACAACAGUUGUUGUAAAACCAUUACCAGAAACACCAAAAGAUUUAAGAGUACUAUCUAUACAUAGUACAUAUAUUGUUUUACAAUGGGAAAAAGUUAUGUCUGAGUAUGAUCAUGUAAUAACACAUUAUGUUAUAAAAUAUAGACAAAAAUAUUCAACAGAAAAAAAUUUUUAUGAAAAGGUCAUUGGAAAUAAUGAAACAAAUACAAUGAUUAGUGGUCUUAUUCCUUUUACACAAUAUGAAUUUAUGAUAGCAUCAGGUAGUUUAUUAGGAAUUGGUAAAUUUUCAUAUCCAUUAGAAGUUCAAACAGAUGAAGAUAUACCUUCAUCAUCACCUACAAAUAUACAUGUACGAACAAUAAGUAGAACAUCUUUAUUAGUUCAAUGGGACUCUCCAAUAACACCAAAUGGAAAAAUUGUUGAAAAUAAAAUAUAUUAUACAAAUGAUAAAAAUAAUAAAAAUGUUACAGAAUGGAAUUAUAUUAUUUCUAGUGAUUCUAAAAAUACUAUAACAUUAGAUAAUUUAAUACCAGAAGCUACAUAUUAUUUAUCAAUACAAUCAAAAAAUAUAAAAGGAUAUGGACCACCAUCUGAAAUAGUAAGUGUUGUAACAAAACAAGGCAUCCCUGGAGAACCAAUUAAUUUACAAGGAAAAGGAAUAGAUUCUAAUAAAAUUAAAUUAACAUGGGAAAAACCAGCACAAUUUUUUAAUAUAAAAGGUUAUAUAUUACAUUAUAAUAUGACACCUGAUGAUUUUAAAGAAAUUCAACUCCAUGAACAUAAUACAAAAUUUGUAAUUGAUAAUUUAAAAGAAAAUACAAAUUAUUCUUUUAAAAUUGCCGCUAAAUCUUCAAGAGGCAUGGGAAAUUUUGGUAACAUGAUUACAUUAAAAACAUUAAAUAAAGAAGAAUUUUACGAUGGAUACGGUAUGUUUUUAGUAGUAUCAUAA